UCGAAUCGUGAUAUGGGAACUACUCAAAACAUCGACGUCUUCUUGUAGGCGAGGAGGUAUCACGAAAGCAUAGGUACGAAGGCAUUUUGCAAGUUCUUUUGUUGAUUAUCAUAGAAAUCUCACCCCAGCCCGUGCCACCUCAGACUUGAUAUGCACCUCCGCCGCCUGUUGACCUAUGGGUUCAUCGCCCGCAUUUAUUGCCAUCCACCACAUUCUUCCAUACCACUCCGGCACUCCCAGAAGCAUCAACGACGACGUCUCCCAAAGGCUGAAGUUGGCAGUCUCUCAUUCCAACCCCUCCACCACCAGCCCGGCAUCGACCAAGCUUACAAUGCUAAGCCUCUGGUCAUUAUCGUCUGCCCCAACCGUGGACUGGUUGUCCCAAUCAUCAACGAGGCUCGAAAGUUCUGCUACCGUUCGAUAUCACUGGCGGUUUUGGAGAAGAUGGAGAAUGAAGGUCAAGGUCUGGUUUGGCAUUGUGAACUAUGUAGUUUGGAACAUUGGGGGGGAACUAUGUAAUUGUGUGCACCAAGGGAACCAUGUGACGUCCGGAGCGUAGCCAACGUGUGGGUAGGCGGGCUGGGCCUGAUCCCAGGAGGUG